AUGUCGAGAGAGUACGCGGAAGGACCAGGAUCCAUUAUCAAAACACAAGUUGCCAACGUGGCACCGGAGGGCACCAAAGUUUUCAUACUGAAACUUGGGAACUUAGAGGCUGACGCCAGUUUUUUCUUCGAAGGAGGUAAUGUCCAACUGAAGUCUGACAAGGGGAUUCCGAAGGUGCACGAGAGGAGAAAUGUGCAGAUGUACACUGUUCUCAUAGACCAUCCAAUCAGCGGAUUGAUUCUAUACGAAGUUGGACCGGGAAAACCAGGAUGGGAAGAAAAGUGGGGUUCUGAGGUGCUUGAUGCCUACUGCAGGGUGAACAAGGACGACGAAACGCAGGCGUUAGACGUGGCCAUCCGAAACGCGGGAUACGAUAUCAAGGACGUCAGACACAUCAUUGUGGGACACCUACACAUCGAUCAUGCGGGCGGAUUGGAGUACUUUAAGGGCCGCCAGGACGUCAUUGUGUGGGUUCACGAAAUCGAGCUCAAGCAUGCAGUGUGGGGGAUAGCCACCAAGUCCGAGAUCGGGUCCUACUUGAAAUACUACAUUGACUUGGACCUCCAAUGGAACACGUUUAACGAGGAGAAAGUUGAUCUUUUUUCUGGUCUGACCACCCAUUUGAUGCCUGGCCAUACUCCGGGCUUGAUCAUUUUACAGGUCAACCUUCCUCACACCGGGACAAUGAUAUUCACUUCAGACCACACCAUAUUCAGAGAACACUAUGAGAACGGAGGCAGGAAACAGGGCUUUUUGAUGAGAGACCACUACCAGUGGUACAACUCUACCCAAAAACUUCGAAGGCUACAGAGGGACACAAACGCCCAGGUUGUUUUCGGCCACGAUCCUUCAAUUGUUGAGGAAUUGUUAGCCACCGAGCCCUUCUUUAUGGAAAGUGCUAUGUCCCGUCAACAAGAUUCCCAGACUCUACAAGGGUUUUUGGCCCAAAAGGGUCCUGCCAUGGAUGCAUGGUUCAAACGUGCCCUUGAGGACGAGUCUGUUGCCGUGAAAAAACCCAGGGCCUUGACUACAGUGGAGGGCAGAAGUGGCGUGCGUAGGAUCUCCAUCAGAAACCAUCAGAUUUUGGCGGACAGCCCUCCAGAGUGGGUUGGCUUCAACCUCGGCCCGUCGGCCCCUGAAAUUCUUCUCGGCGCUCUCGGUGCAUGCUUGACCCACAUGUAUUUGGUGGUGGCAGGUAUCAAGAAGUUACCGAUCAACAAGUUGGAAAUCGAGACCUCGGGAGAAGUUGAUUUGAGAAAAGGCGCUGAAGGUCACGAGGAUGAAAUUCCAGGCAUUGACAACAUCCAUUACGUCGUCUACAUUGAUUCGGAGCUCACUGAUGGACAGUUGGACCACUUGAGAACAGACGUCGAAAAGGUGUGUCCCUUGUAUAAUUUGGUCAAGAACCCUGCCACAAUUACCUCCUCUUAUGUGAGAACCACCAGAGUGGCCUUUGUACGUGGUUAUGCUAGCACCGCCGAACCGGUAGCUACCGCUGCAACCGAGGUCAGAAAUACGCAGAAAGCGGCAGACUCCAGAAAGACAUACUUGAUUGACAUGUACACACACAUGUGGCGUGAAAACUCCAUUGUUUUAUUGGCACACCACAAUAACUUACUUUCCACAGAAAAUGAAAACAUCCGCAAACAGCUGAAAAAGAUAGAUGAAAAGAACAAGACGAAUAAGGUUGAGUUCAGGAAGCUCAAGGGAUCGCUUUUCAAGUACUUUCUUCGUGCAUCCUCUCACUCCGAUCCUGCAAGUAAGGCUGCCGGCAGAAUGAUUAGAAGAAACAAGGUCAGACACCCACUAGAAAAUUUGCUAAAGGGCCCAACUGCAGCCAUUUUGAUCAAGGACCUAGACCCAAAGACCGUCAAAGAUGUCUCCAAGGUUCUAGCCACACAAAAAGAAAGAUUGUUUGUGAUGGGUGGUAAGGUGGGUGACGAAUACAUGACUCUUGAAGAUAUCGAAACAUUCAAGAACUUGCAAUCUUUACCUGAGUUGAGAGCCGAACUGGUUGGUCUCUUGACUAUGGCUUCCGGUGCCGGCAUUGUAAGAACUUUGGAAAGUACAACCAACAGUUUAGCAUUGACUCUUGAAAGCCGUAAGAACGAGCUAGACAAGGCAGAGAACCCAGAACAGAAGGAUUAG